AUGAAUGAAACAGAUAAAUUUAAGGAUGAAUUUGAUAUUGAACUGAUGGAGGAAAUAGGAAAAGAAACCAUAUCUCAAUUUCUUGAGAAAAUGUAUUAUAAUGAAGAAAAAACAAAAAUUUGGGUGUCGCAAAUUUUAGACACUACUUUAAAAGAGUUAUCGAAAUUGAACAAGCCAUUUAAAUAUGUUGCCACUUGCACAUUAAUGGAGAAAAAUGGGUCUCCCCUAACAGCUUCAAACAUUUGCCUUUGGGAUGAAAAUUCAGAUGGCAUGUGCAGUGUUCAAAUGGGGAAUGAAACCUUAGAUUGUAUUCUUUGCAUAUAUGCCAUAAGAACGUGA